UUGUGCAGAACAAGAAGAAAUUUCGAAAACAAAGUAGGAUGUUGACGGCCGAUUGUACAGCUUUUAUGCUAUAUUUGUGGAAAUACCUUUAUGAAAUGUGACAUAUUGUGCACAUUGAACAGAAUUUUCGUGUUGCUAUGGAUUCUACACUCUUCAAAUUGAUAUCCUCUUUACUUUUGAGAAAUUACUGAUGUACACAAUCCACUUAUAGGUUAUGUAAAGACAACAGACAACACUUAAUUGUUUAUAUUAUUAUCCGAGAUUUAUUAAAAUGGCAACAAGAUGGAGCAGCGAAUACAUAGUGGCAGAGCAUCGAGAUCUGCAGGCCAAUGCCAUGGCUGUCGAUUACACAGGAAAUUAUGUACUUUUAGCUGGCCGGAGAUAUUUGGCCAUUAAAAAUUUGAGUGAACAAUCUGAUAGGUUGCACAAAGUAGCUCGUCAAAGCAAAUAUGAAGUUGGGGCUGCAGAAUGGAAUCCUAAUCCAUCACACAAAGAACUUUGUGCUCUCUCUAGUAAUCAACGUGUGGAAGUUCUUUGUUGGCACAAUGGAGACUUAGAACAGCGUCAUUCAUUGAAAUCACAUACCCGUGUUGUCAGUGAUGUUAAUUGGCACAGGUUUGAUCCAAAUUUGUUAGCCUCAUGCUCAAUUGACACAUUUAUUCAUGUUUGGGAUAUGAGAGAUACCCGUAGACCAGCACAAUCUCUCAGUGCAGUUGCCGGAUCCACUCAAGUUCGUUGGAAUCGCCUUUCUAGUUUUUUAUUGGCCACAGCUCAUGAUGGCGAUAUUAAACUUUGGGAUCAACGAAAGGGAACUGCUCCUGUUGUUUAUAUUUCUGCUCAUUUAGCAAAAAUUCAUGGACUAGAUUGGAGUCCUCUCCAUGAAGACCAGUUGGCAACAUCUAGUCAAGAUGGAACAGUUAAACUAUUUGACAUUACAAAUCCUCGGAAAGCAGAGGGAUUGUUCACAACAACACUACCCGUCUGGAGAGCAAGAUACACUCCGUUCGGGGAAGGCCUUGUGACUGUUGUAGUUCCCCAGUUAAGAAGGGGAGAGAAUAGCCUUUUGCUAUGGAACAUCAACAAUCCAUCUGCUCCAGUUCACACUUUUGUUGGCCACACUGAUGUUGUUCUUGAAUUUGAAUGGCGAAGAGUUAACCAAGAUUCGUCUGAUUUUGAACUUAUUACAUGGUCACGUGAUCAAAGUCUUAGAAUAUGGAGAAUAGAACCAUUUUUGCAAAAAUUGUGUGGUCAUGAGCCUGACAUGGACCAUGUUUUGGACUCACAGGAUCUUAUUGAUGAUCUUCCUCUUAGUAAUCAUGAUGCUUCUCACAAUGAUUAUCAACGUCAUAGAUAUAAUGAGAACUCCAUGGCACAUAACCUUCAGCAACUCACUUUGGAUAAUGCCUCUGUUCUCUCUGAGAUGUUGUCUGCUAGUGGACGCAAUUCAUUGUCUUUGUCUUUGGAUGGUGCAUCAGAAACUACUGAUGACAGCCAGGGUGGAAGUGUCCUUGGAGUUGGAGGGGGUGGUGGAGGCAGAGGUGGCAGCAGUAGUAUGAGCAAUGGUAGUGCCACUAGAGGUGGUAGUGGAGAUAGUGGUGGUGAAGAGAGGAUGCCAUCAGUACGUUCUCCUACUCAACCCAAAACAUUACAACAGGAAUUUGCUCACAUAAACCUCAAUGUGACUAAUGUUGAUAUUGAUACGAUGGAUCCAGUAGGACGGGUAUGCACUGUUACCGUAUCUGCCAAUGGCCAUGUUGCAGUUUUGCAAAUAACAUUUCCAGCCAAUUAUCCCUAUAACAAUGCACCCUCCUUUCAAUUCAUUCAAGGAACUUCUUUGAAUCCUGCCAGCAAAUCCAAAUUACAAAAGGUUUUAAAACACACUGCUCAACAAAGGGUGCGUAAAAGUCGUGUUUGCUUGGAAGCUUGUUUAAGGCAACUUGUAUCUUCUCUGCAGCAGCUAUCUUUGUCUGAGGAUAAUGAGAGUAAGACAGCCACUUUUCUGCGGAUGCAAUCCCAACCAACUCCAUAUAUGGACGCCAGCAACAUGUAUCGUAGUUUCCAAGACACCAAUGUUCCAUUUCCUCGAACAUCUGGUGCUAAAUUUUCCGGAGCUGGUGCUUUGGUUUGUUUCGGACGUGCACCAAUGACAAAGCGGUUUCCACUUCACACAGAAAUGUGGACACCACGUUCUUUGUCUGCUUUAGGUCCACCAGGCACUCCAACUCAAGCUUUCACUUCAGUCUCUUCAUUCUAUUACCAAGAACGAGCUCAAGCCUCACGAGUACGUUCCCGAGCACUCCAUACCAGCUCUCGAGGACUUGUUGGUCGCAUGACUCCAACACGCACUACCAGGGCUGCUGUGCUUAUUUAUGACGCCUCACCUUUAUUUCUCCUGCAUAGGGAACUGGGUGAAAAGUAUAUCAUUAAUUGUCAUGAUGUUGUCGCUAUGUGCCAACGGAAUGCAGCAGUUGCAGCCUCUGUCAAUCGCCGUGACUUAGUUCAGGCUUGGACAACAGCUGCUCUUGCUGCUUCCAAUCCAGAGCAAGAUCCUGAUGACGGAGUUCCUUGGACACACCAUCCUUUUGGACGCAGUCUUAUUGAGUCAAUGAUUGCUCAUUUUGCCAACCAAUCAGACAUCCAGACUGCUGCCAUGCUCUGUUGUGCGUUUAGUCCUCGGACUGACAGUCCUGACGUCAACCGCUUUAAAUCAUCUCUUUGCAAGUCUGUCAAUCUCAGUCGUCUUCCCUCAGGGAAAUGGUGGAGCAAGCCUGGAGGUUCACCAUACCAUACAAUUCACCCUCAGGACACCAGUCUUGAAGGGUGGAAUUACCCAUUGCUAAAACAGAACAGGUCAAAUUCAUGGUCUGACUCAUUAGAGGGUUUGAAAGUUAAUGAAAUAAAGGAAGUUGGUUUUGGUGACACGUUGGACAUAUUCUCUAGUGUGAAUGAAAAAGGCAUGUUGGAUGAGAAGAAAACAUGGUUAUAUGAUGAAUACAAGAGGGCAUAUGCUGAUAUAUUGCACAGGUGGGGUCUCUUGGAUGCCCGAGCCCAGGUUAUGAAAUAUAUGUCGACUGGUCUUGAGGUUCAUCAUGGUGUAGAGUUUAGGAGUGAGUGCCAAAAGUGCGCUGUAGUCAGUAGCACAGCAUCUUGCCCCCUGUGCAAACGAAUAAGUCUACAGUGUGUAAUAUGCCACAUAUCGGUUCGAGGUCCUUCUAACGUUUGUUUAGUCUGUGGUCAUGGAGGACACUUACUACAUAUGCAGGCAUGGUUCCGAAAGGAAACUCGAUGUCCUACAGGUUGUGGAUGUAGUUGUCUCAUCGAAAGCUCUUCAAUUAUCGAACCUUAGGCAGACUCACUGCUUUCGUGUGAUAUAGAAGACAUGUUUGUCUUGUGUGUGAACUGUGAUUAGCUGUGAUAAAAUUGCAGUGUUGGUAGUCUAUCCAACUUGGACUGGAAUUUCAUAUAGGAUUGUACUCGGUGUGUAAGUACUUCACCUGAAAUUAUUUUCUGAACAGCCAACAUAGUUGUUGUUUCUUAAAAGGGAGAUGCACAAAGUAUUUUAUGUUAUUUGUGCACUAACUGAGUUAAAAGGGCAAUCAAGUUUAUUCUUUUUUCUCUUGAAUUGGACUGAUUUUGGAGCUCUUAGUAAAUUAUUUAAUUAAUGUGAACAAUUAUUAUUCUUGAUCACCUACAUCUGGGUUCUUCUAGGUAUUUAUGUGCAUAUUAAACAAUCAUGGUGACUUAUUUAUAUUAUUUGCACAAAAAUUGAUGCCGCUUUCCACAUUGAACCCAAAAUAUUUGUAAGGUACAAAAUCAUUUUAAUCAGUGAUGUACAAAAGAAAAGAAGACUUUUUACAUUUCCAAAGCACUUAGAAUUCCAGUAACCACAGUAACUAUUUUUCUAAUAGUUGAAUCUUAGAGAAUGGUAAGAUAAGCUCUUCUUGAAAUACUUGUGGCAGGUCUUCUUAAAAAUGUGUCCGAAACCAGUCUUUUUGUAGUCUUUUAUCUUAGGGUGUACCUAAGGUUUUACCAAUCACAGUGUUUUUGUGGUUGUUGCGGUAUUUAGUUAGUCAGGAUUUUUUUUUAGUUAAGGUAGAUGAAACAGGGUAUAUUUUUUUAAAUCUUUCAGAAGUAUUGGCUGGUACUAGCUCUAUACACUUCGUCUUAAUGUAUCAAGAAAUCUCUAUUCAUGUGAACAAAGUUGUUUGUUUUCAUCACUUAGUCAUUGUCAUAAAUUCCCCAUUUUCAUCAUUUCUAAUGAUGUUUUGUCUUUAUCAAAAUGGAAAGCACUUUAGAAAAUGAUAAAUUUCUGCUAUCAUUUCCCUUUGUUUCUAAACUUCAUUAAUUUAUUUUCUUCCUUUUUCCUAAAACGUAGUGCCAUUUUGGAGGAUUUUUUUGUAUGGUGUUUCCUAUCCUUGUAUCACAAUUAAUACCUGUAUACCUUUUAGGGUCAAAUUAGACAAUUAUUUAUUACUGUUUAUGUAGAUGUUGUCUGUAAUGUGCAACUGCACAUAACUACUAAUUUCUAUGAUAUCUAUCUUAAUUUAUUUUUUGUCUGUUAUUUUGUGUAAUUGUGCUAGGGGGUGCAUUGCAUUAAUGUUUGUUUUUUACAACGGUCUAUCUUCUGCUUAAAAUUAUUGGUCGUUUUCUUUGGUAUAUACAGAUGCUAAAUCUCCCAUGUCUAAGUAACCGUACCGUUCCGGUAAUAAACACAUACAUUUUA